AUGGCGAAGCAAGGUGGCAGCUUGCACGAGCAGAAGGAGAGAUGUUUGCUGGGCGAGGAAUCGAGAUAUCGUGCCACCCCUCAGCAGACCGAUGGGAUCCUAUGCUUUGGGUCUGACGACGAAGAUGGCACUGCAAGGAAUGCGAGAAUGCUGCGAUACGAGAACCAAACAAUCCGAUACCUGAACGGCGAACCCCCCCGGAUUCUCUCGGCAUCUCUCCGCGGGCCGUUCGAUGCAGCCUCCGGUUGGGAGAACCCGUGGCGAAACAAUGGUCAACCCAAGGCUCGGAACUUGAUAACCACCCUCGACCACCAUUUCGACACGGAAAAGCAAGCUCGAAUAGAGGCAUGGACGAGGAACAUCACAAUAACUUCUAUGGAAAUGGGAGAGUUCUGGGCACCGGACCAUGGGGUCGAUGAACUUUCGGAUGAAACCAGCCGGAAGAGGCCUGCAGGAAAGGGUUGGUUGAAGAGCAAGAUUGCGAAGCGCAGGCGGGCCAACUUUGGUAUACCGACUACUGUGAUAUCAACACCAACGCCGGCUCCUGUGCCCAAGCCGAUUGCAAAGACCAAAUCGGCACUUGUUUCCACGACUGUGAUGAGUGCAUCAGACAAGAGCUCCGGGCCUGCUAAUCGUAGUCUCGACAUGCCAACUCCUUCAAGCUCACCCCCGAAAAGUAUAAGCGCUUCGACACGACAAACCAUUGGCAUUUCCUCGGAAUGCGCAACAUCAGGAGACGAGUUGUCAAACGUGAACUUGCCGGGAACGGCCAGCCAGCCCCGACAAAGGAUCUUGCCCUUGUCACGUGCCCCGAGUCAACGUUUUGAGAUGGUCACCUAUGAUGGAAUCAAUGAGCCUACGAGCGAACUGUCCUCACUUGAUAGUUCUCAAAUGCAUCGGGGGGAAGAACCGGGCUCGCAUGAGGAGCUCCCACCCGGGGGAAAAGCAGAUGCCAGCUUCCAGUUUCAUAUUGACCAAAGUUUUUACUAUAGAGCUCGUUCCACACGAUCUGGGGGUGUUGCCAGGACGAAGGACAGUAACGAUCCCCAAUUCCAGCCCGUACAAGCCGGAACACCACCUUCCGAGACCUUUGAAGACCAAAUCGAUAUCGACAUGGGACAAGAUUCACCCCCAAGAGAGGCUUUACAACAGGAUCAGCCAGCGUCCGGUGUAUCUUCUCCGCCGAGUCAAGUGGACGACGCAGAGGAUGAAGAUCCGCACAUGGUUAUACAUCGCCCUCCACCGAGAAGCAUGGAGUCCGCUUCUCUCAGCGAUGAUGAUCUCGAGUACCAGUCUGUUUCCUCCGAAAGUCCUGAUCGUCCGCAAAGUAUGCCGCAGACUGCUGGACAUCGAUCAGACGCCGUACAUACACAGCCGUCCUGUGAUAUCCCGAAAGCUGUGGAACAAAGCGUCGGCCCUCAGCUUGUGGCGGUUCCCACAACGAGUCCUACGAAAAAGCUAAGAAAUAAAGAUGGCAUUGACCACGAGCAACGGAUAAUACCACAUGAAGCUGCUUGCAGACGCAUGCCGGCGGUCCAGGAAUUCUUUUCAGAACCUAUGAUGGAUGAAGGGUCCACUUUGGUCGGAGAUGUAAUGGACGUCGAUGAUCAACCAUCAAGAUGCAUAUACAACGCCUCAGAAAGGCUAGAAAUGGCGAAAAGCUCUGCUCGCGUUACAUUGGUGACGAUGCGCGAAAAGACCUUGCAUCUGGUCCAAGAGAGGGAAACCCUGAGGCAGCGCUUGAACGCUGACGUUGACGCCUUGGACUUCGCCGAAGCCGACAGACUAGCUCCUUCUGCUGAAAUCACGGAGGAUGGCUCAGUUUCUGAUAACUCUGAAGUCAUGGUUCCUAUCUCGAAGACCAAGUGGGGAGUUGUAGAAGUGGCCAGCUCACCAAUCCAUCCACCGCCGAAUGUCGGAGGCGCGCAGAAGACGGCUUUCAUCAAGAUUGAGCCCGUCGAUGAAGGAGAGGACGAACGAGUUCUUCAGCUUCCCAAGGCCGAGCCGCAACGCCCUGAGGCACCUGCCGUUGAGCCGAUCGCCAAUCUUGAUGGCCCGCAUGUCAAGUCUGAGCCAGCUCAGGAGCAGUGGACCCCCGGCCCUCCCGUCAGUUUGUUGAGUACUCCGGGUAGCGAUUUCCAGCACCGCGGCAUAGGGCCUUCACAACAGACACCUUGGGCGACGCCAAUCGUCGAACCGAUUAGGACUGAUCGACUAGCACAGCCCAUCAUGACUCCCAGGCUGUCAAUUUCUGAGGCACCUGCACCUGAGGUCUUCUACCAAUCACCUGGAACUGGACAAAGCCCAUGGGCCAACCUCAAUGUCCAAAUCAUGCCAGCCUCUGCGACCCGUUUGUCGAAUUCUACCGGAAGCGAGCCUGGUUCUCAAAUGUCUUCAAUGGAUGGACACCAACCUGUGGACACUCGAGGUAAACAGGCAUCGAGCUCUGUUCAGAGCCAGCCACAAGAUCCGCUAAGCCCUUACGGGCUUGAGCAACGCGCGUCGACUCCCGACCUUGACCUCUCGAUAAAGUCCUUUGCGAAAUUUAACACUCCGUCACCUGAACGCAAAUCACGACAGCAGUCAAAAUUUCCGCGCCUGUCAGGGGACCGAUUGCCGAGUACACAAGUUCUUAUUGAUGUGGCGAAUUUGAAUCCUUGGCAAAGUGCACGGAGGAGUGCUCGGGGAAGUACUCAUUUGCGUUCGAGCUGUCGUGUGUCCUUUGCUCCUCUACCCGGUAAGAAUACAGACAACGAUGAACUGCCCCCGCCGCACAGUGUCGCAAGACCUGCCUCCCCUCCGCCCCAGACCGCGGUUGAGAUUGGCGCUGAAGAUGUGGACGACAAUUUCCUGGGGCAUUUCGAUGCAAUGAGACGACGUAGCGAAAAGGCAAGCGAGGAUAGCAGUCCACUUGUGCCCAUGCCGAAGUUCCGAUUGAAAGAGCGACUACUUCCCGACUCCCAGCAACUACCCCAAAGCCCCGAUGUGCGUGCCAUGGCGGAAGCUUUCAAGGAAGCAGACGCGCAGCUACGAGCCAUAAGUCUUGAGACACCGUCAGCACAUGAUGAAUGUGUCGAGGAUGCCAAUGAAGCGCCACAAUCACCAUGGCAAGUCGAGAGUCAGAACCAGGGCAUAGAUGACGUAGCAGAAGUACUACAGAACUUGGAUGAUUUUCUGAACCCCCGCUGGGAUGUGGACGCGGAGCUAGAGAAGGCUAAAUCUGGGAAUGGAAGCCAAAGUCAGGGCAGGAGUAGAGAGUCCAACAUGUUGGAAAUGGGUAUCUGGGAUGUGGUAUGA